GUGGAGCGGUCACUAAACAACACUUCGACUGCUUUAAAAAUACGUUCGGUGAAAUACGCUUCUCACUUUGCCUUUUAGCUAGCCCGUUUUAAAGGGCACGUUUUUUCCCGCCAGAUUUGAGCAGUGGCGAAAAUGGCGACCAGCGGUGACGUGAGUCGCAGCUUGAAAGAAGCGCUGUGCGAAGCUUUAAACGCCAUUCUUUCGCCCUCGCAAGAAAUCAGGACGAAUGCCGAAGAGCAGCUUAAAAUUCUGGAAGUCACGGACGAUUUCUGCGUGCACUUAGCAGAGCUGACGGUGGACCCGCAAUGCCCGUUCGCCAUCCGUCAGUUGGCUUCGGUACUCCUAAAGCAGUAUGUCGACACUCACUGGUCCCGCAAUUCGGAGAAAUUCCGUCAACCAGAAGCGACGGACGAGGCCAAGGCAACCAUUCGGAAUCUCCUCCCCUUGGGCCUAAAGGAGUCGCUGAGCAAGCUGCGCUCAAGUGUGGCCUACGCCAUCUCGGCCAUUGCUCACUGGGACUGGCCCGAGGCAUGGCCACAGCUUUUCGAGAUACUCAUGCAGGCGCUGAUGAGCGGCGACUCGAACACCGUUCACGGCGCAAUGCGAGUUCUUACAGAGUUCUCCCGAGACAUCACAGAUAACCAAAUGUUUCAAGUAGCCCCUGUAGUGCUUCCCGAGAUGUACAAAAUCUUCACUCAGCCUCAGAAAUACGGUAUCCGGACACGUGGACGAGCCGUGGAAAUUUUCUCUACGUGCGCCCAAAUCAUUGCUACCAUGGGUCAUAUGGACAAGAGCACGACCAAGACGCUUCUUUAUCCGAUUUUGCCGCAAUUCACCGAGGCCCUUGUCGAGGCACUGAAGAUACCCGAUGGCCCCACGUCGGACUGUGGCAUCAAGAAAGAGAUCUUAAAGGCGUUGACAGUUUUAGUGAAGUACGAACCAAAGCAGAUGUCGACCUGGCUUCCACACAUCUUGACGCCCGUCUGGAAUUCGCUCACAGAAAGCGCACACAUAUAUGUGAGAACAGCCGUCAACGAUUCUGAGGAAGCCAACGAUCCCGUAGACUCGGAUGGCGAAGUCCUUGGCUUUGAAAAUGUAGUCUUCAUGAUAUUUGAUUUUGUAAAUGCACUCGUUGAAACACCGAGGUUUCGUGGCCUUGUCAAGAAGGGGCUGUCCGAUUUGAUCUACUACAUCGUGUUCUACAUGCAAAUCACCGAAGAACAGGUUCGAACUUGGACGAGCAGUCCGGACCGAUUUGUCGAAGACGAAGAUGACGACACAUUCUCGUACUCUGUUCGAAUAUCGGCUCAAGACCUGCUUUCGGUUUUAUUUCUGGAAUACGAGGAGGAGAGUGCACGGGGCCUGAGCGAGGCAGUGGCCAAGCAUCUCCAAGAGAGCAAUGCUGCACGAGCCAGUGGGGACCGCAACUGGUGGAAAAUUCACGAGUCAUGCAUGUUGGCCCUCGGGAGCUGCCGAGAUUCGUUUGGGCCUGGAACCCAAGGCCAUGGACUGUUUGACAUCAGAGGCUUUCUUGAGUCAGUAGCACUGCCUGACCUAAGCACAACCGAUUCCCCAUUUUUGAUUGGUCGCUGUCUGUGGGUGGCAAGCAGAUAUGUCGCUUUCCUGACACCGGAAAUGACGCAAAGGUUCCUCCAAACAACCGUUGAAUGCUUGCAGCAGACUCAGUCGGCCACAUUACGAGUGUCUGCAGUUCGAGCAAUGUGGGGUUUCUGUCAGCACCUCAACGACCACAACCAAUCGAGCCAGCUCGCGCCGUUUCUGGCUCCCUUCACCGACGGACUCAUAUCACUGUCAACGCAAUUCUCUUCUGAUGUUCUGGCCUUGGCCAUCGAGGCUUUGUCCGUUGUCAUUACAGUCGACCCACAGUUCACACAAACCGUUGAGAACAGGGUGUCGCCUCUCGCCAUUGCCGUCUUCCUGAAGUACAACAGCGAUCCGAUCCUGGUGUCUAUAUGCCAGGACAUCUUCAAAGAGCUCUGCCACAACCCCCUCUGCUGCGGAGCGUUGCAACAGCGGUUGCUCCCGACGAUAAUCUCGAUCCUCCAAGCGCCCCUGGACAAGAUACCGUCUGGUCUGCAGGCUGUUUCCUUGGACGUCCUCCAAACAAUCGUUCGUAGCAGUGCACCGCCCCUUGCGGAGCCCCUCAUCACGCAAGCGUUUCCCAUGGUGGUACAAUGUGUCAUGCACACGGACGACAAUUCGACGUUGCAGAAUGGAGGAGAGUGCAUCCGGGCGUACGUGUCAGUUGCAUAUGACCAGGUUGCUGCCUGGAGGGAUGAGCAGGGUCAAACAGGGCUGUACUACAUUGUAAAGGUUGCUCAACACCUGUUGGACCCCAAGACACCAGAGUCUGCGGCCAUGUUUGUGGGCCGACUGGUUUCGGUGGUCAUCUCGAAAGCAGGCCAGUCCCUGGGCGAAGGCACUGAGCUGCUGCUCAGGGCCGUCCUCAGCAAGUUGCAGCAGAGUGAGACGCUAAGCGUGAUUCAGAGUUUGGUGCUGGUGUUUGCACACCUGGUGCACACCCAGAUGCCAGCAGUCCUCGACUUUCUCUCUGGCGUGCCAGGGCCGACGGGCCAGUCGGCACUAGCGUUCGUCCUCACGGAGUGGUGCUCUAGGCAAACGCUUUUUUACGGAACAUACGAGACCAAAGUCAGCAUACUGGCACUAUGCAAGCUCUUGGAGCACGGAAUUCAGACUAACGACUCUCGUUUGGUGAGCAUCAACGUCAAGGGGGACCGGGUGAUCAACAUGAACGAGGGCAUUCGGACGAGGUCCAAGAGCGCCGCCAAUCCAGACCAGUGGACAGAGAUUCCAGUCUUGGUCAAGAUAUACAAGCUUAUGAUUCACGAGCUGAGCAACUGCCUUGACCACGCAAUGAUCCACAAGGAAGAGGAUGACUCUGAGGAUGAAGAAUGGGAGGAAGAAGGAGAUAUGGAAGGAGAUGCCCCAGAGCACAUCAUGCGCCACUUUGCCCCUGCCUCAGACUACGCAGUGUUCGACCCGGAUGGCGAUGACGACAGCGAUGACCCCGAUGCCAUGGCUGACCCCAUCUCGCGCACAGACGUCCAUUCAUGCCUUGUCCAGUUCCUCGUUGGGCUCUCGCGGCAGCCGUUCUAUGCCAAGUUUUCCGAGCACCACACCCCUCAGGAGCUGCAGGUCCUCCAGAAUGCGGGUGUGCUGGCGUGACAGGUGGAGUCUUCGUCGUCUUCGCCGCCAUCUCCGCGUCGUCCUUGACUUGCUGCAGUUCCUCGUACUUUCCUGUUCGGGAAGCGUGAAAUGGCACGAAUUCCGCAUCGUGCCCUCCUCUCCGUACGCCUUCCGUAGAUUGUACAUAUGAGCCAGUCGAGGUGUACAGUAGCUAGACGAACGCCAGGUUUGUGGCAGUAAUAUUUCUGUCAGUUGCAGCUGCGCAGUUGUUCAGUUUGGUGGCGAGUAUUUGCAGUGCGUAUUGCCGCGUGAAUCAAAAGUAAAAAGCGAGAGUUAGGCUGAGUGCUACAUCAUCUGUGCACUGACGUGCGACCUACAGUGGUGUUCCGUAUUGCUUUUGUAAACGUGCUGCAUCGCACGGCCUGUCCAAAGAUUGCAGGUGAUUGGUGUGAGGCCACUUGUAAGCAUUUGUUUAAACAGUCGGUGGCGAAUGUUUACUGAGAACCGGAGGAGGCAUGAUUUAGCCAUUGCUGCUUGGAGCAGGUUUUGUGAUUCAAGUCAGCUAUGGUGUUAGUCUUGCAACAAAAGCAUGUCGGUUUUCUUCAUGUUCAUGUGGCUCUCUUUAUACCUCUCUAAGGUGUGCGAGUGAGCGUGUUUAUAUGAUUCGGUAACCACAAAUAGCAAUGUAUUUCUAUUCUGUGCUAAUGGUAAUCUUAUUUUUUAUGGCAGGCCUCAAAUUAAGCGAGCUUCUAUGCUGAAUUACGUUAAUUAAUAUAACUUCUGGAUUCGAAAUGGAUGCAGUUCUCCCUGCAUAUGUGACAGAAUAUGCGUAUGGUGCUCUUUUUAUUGUAAAACAUUCGGUUAUAAGGCUUAGAUGGGAGUGUACUUUGCGAUCUUUUGCUUUUCCUUACAUCCCUCUAUUGUAAUACUUUCCCCGUGCCCUUGGGCUGGACUUGCAUUUGUUUUCCUUCAAACUAUGAUGCGUGAAGGGAUUGAUACUUCUGGAACUGCUCCUUGCAUGUCUUAUUAAAUGCUGUAGCUUCUUUUCUCAUGUCAUGUAACCGUGGCGUGUGCUACAUCUUUCUCUUUAACAUCGCAAGGAGUUUUGUAGUAAUUUAUUGCACGUAGAAGUGACUGGCAAUGCUAGUUUUUUACUUAAUGAAAGAAAGGCCUGCUAGCCUAAGAGGGCCAAUGAACUUUCGAGCCUCAAGUUUGCGACUUUCUCGGCAGUGUUUGCAAUCUUCUCCUUUUUCUUUGUAAAGAGCUUGUCUUGAAAUUACUGUGCACCUUGUUCUGCUUGAGGCUGUCAACCUCAAAUCUUGGCUAUUCAUUUGACAUAACCCUAUAACUAUACCGAGCACAAUGUAUAGAUUUGGUUAUACACUGUACAGGGAAUGCCUCUAUGUUGAUUUGGUUGUGCAGUGUUCAAAGGAAUACUGUCUUAGUUGUUUUUAGUUUAUACUAGAGAUUUCACAGUGAUCUGCUCAGCAAGACGCUUUCUUUUUUGUCUGAAGUUUCAGUUUCUGGAUUUGGGUCAUAAUAUACUAGCAUUAUCUCAGUGCAACAAGCCAAAUCUAAACAUCUAAUAGUCUUGCAAUCUCUGUUUAGUGUACUUGUAUAUAAUAACGCACCAUUGAAUAGUUGGAAAUGAAAUGAAAAAGUUAGUUUGCUGUAAGUAGGAGAAAUUUUACUUUGCAUUGUGUGGUGAAGCUCUCUCUUUUGAGGACAAGGAAAAUUAAGCGAAAGAAAAGUGCUGCUAUUGUCAGUGCAGUGAAAGAUCAUAAAAAUGAAGUGGCUGUUCAUUACACUGUUUUGUUUAGGCAUGGUGUUGUGCAACAGUGUCCUUGCAAUGAGGAAAAAAAAUGUGUAGCUGGCUUAAUUUCAUUGUCGGUUACACUGUAUUCCCACUUUUAUGUUACUCUAUGUUCACACAUGUUCGAAGAACAUAUUGUUGACAUUUUUGUUUUAAUUUUGCUUUUUGCUUACGUCUUGCAGCUUAGAGUCUCUCCGUACAGUUGAGAAAUGCUUCAUUUCACAAGCAUAGACGAGUGUAAAUUUUUUUUAGUGGCAGCUUUAGCGUGCGUCUGUGUGUGUGGGUCUUUUUUUUUUGCAAGGGAGUACUUUUCGCUUUGACACGCAUGUCCAUUGAAACUUUUUGUAUGCCAUUCCACUAAGUCCGUACGAUUUCCGUAUAAUUUUACGAAGUACGUUUGGAUUCCAUGUAAAUUCCCUUAGAUUUCCACAACAAUAUUAUGGAUAACAUAUGGAAAUAUUGGAAUGCAUACUGAACAUUUUAAAUACGGAUAGACACAGUGCUUGAGCCGUUUUGGCUGUUGUUGGAUUUUGAGCUUUUUCGCAAACGGAGACCGUACCUACGGUACAGCUGUUUAGCCUUGCGUCAGUCUAAACCAGGAUGCUUUGUUCGCCCAACUGGUACGAAUGCGUGUAAAUAGCCACAUUUUUUAUACUGGUGCUAUGACAUAAGUGUAUUCCACAGUAUCCGUGUGAUAUCAGAAAGAAAAGUCUUUGAGUGCGAGAUGUGCGUUUGUGGUGUCGUCCUGCCGUCAAGUCGUCAUCUGACCACUGACCUUUGGAAGACUGUUUGCAAAUGUAGUUAUGUGUACAUAAUAACAGCAGCUUCACGCUUUCUUGGUAUAACCAUGUGCAAGUGUCCUGCGUGGCACGGAGAACGUUUCGUGUGCCAAAAAAAAAAACUGGCUUGUACAUGUCUCAUACAACCACGUGUGCUCCGUCUCACGGAAGUUCAGCACUGCUCCUCGACACUGGACUUUUAGCUUUUGUUUUUUCCCACCUGCGUUUCUGAACAAGAUUAUGUGGAUUUU